AACUCCAAGCAAAAUUUCUCAGAAUUGUCUCUUCUGAGUCUCGUGUUAGGCUUUACUGCUGCUAUGGAGUGAUCAUGGUCCUCACUGUAGCUGUAGCUGCUCUUUCUGCUGCUUUGUCAGUGAGAAAUGAAAACCCAGUCAUGGAGAGCUGUGAAUCUUGCUAUGCCACAUGCCCAAGUGGCUGGAUUGGAUUUGGAAGUAAAUGCUUUUAUUUUUCUGAAGACAUAGGAAACUGGACAUUCAGCCAGUCCUCCUGCAUGGCACUAGAUGCCCAUCUAGCUCUGUUUGACAGCCAGGAGGAGCUGAAUUUUCUGAAGAGAUACAAGGGGCCUUCUGACCACUGGAUUGGCCUGCACAGAGAGUCAACAGAGCACCCUUGGAUGUGGACAGACAACACUGAGUAUAACCACUUGAUUCUCACCCGAGGAGGAGGAGGAGAAUGUGCCUAUUUGAGUGACAGGGGCAUCCGCAGCAGUAGGGGGUACACACAUAAGAAAUGGAUCUGUAACAAGCCCAACAGCUACACCUUACAGUGCCCACUAGUUGUAAAGCCAGGGUAGGGAAUGUGCCAAAGCAUGCGUGAGAACAGAUGCUCUGUGACCUGCUAUCUACAGUUGCUGCUCUACUCCUGACCUACCAAAACCAUUAUCGAAAUCCAUCAAUGAUCACAUUGACAGCCAAGAUGAAAAUUUGGUUAGAGGAUAAUAGAUAUACGGCAUAGAAUUUGGAGAGAUGAUUCUAAAUCAAAUAAGUGUUUGGGUAUAAGUUAGUAUUCAUAUGUAAAACUAAAGUAUAAACAGAUCUGAAUUAGUGAGCUUCAUUUCAUGAUCAGGUAUGAACUUUUUUUAUUUGUCCUUGCAAUGAAUUCAGGGGACCUAAAAAUGUGGGGUAACUGAACCCACGGAAAUGAUUCUGUAAUCACAGGACAGAUGAUAAUUGGCUUAUGGCCUCCAAACAUAAUUAUUGUAAAUAUAGUCAGCAUUCUCUUAAAUGAUGUAAUGACCAGUCUGAAGGCAAAUCUAAACAGGAUUGAAAGCAAUGCUGCACACUGAGAUUUAAUAGCAUUGUCAAAUAUUUUUAUACUUUACUUCUCAGAUUUUUUAAAAUUGAAACAGACUAAGAAUAUGUUACAAACAAAUGUCAUUUUAUUUGCCAAAUUUAAGAUUUUUGAGAACUUCAUACAUGACUACACCAUUUGAAUUUUAUUCUUUAAUAGGUUCUUUUCAGAUCAGGAGACAGUUGAUUACUGACCCCUUCAAAGCAUUUAAUGCCUAAUCUUGCAAUCAUUUUCACAUUGUUAAAUUUAAAGACAAAGUAUUUUAAACUUUUGCAUCAUGUGCUAUACUGUACUGAUGAGUCCCAAAAAGGACGAAAUAACAGGUCACAAGCAGUUUCUCUGUUAACUCUUUCUUUUUACUUUAUAUAUGGAUUAAACCUUCUCACGCAUGCUAGGCAAACACUGUAGUACUGACACUUACCACUAUCCCUUUUUGUAAAAUUCAUUUCAUAACAGGGUCAUUCUGUAACCCCCAGAUGACUGAUACCACCAUAUAGCCUUGCUCUCUAUUAAAGUAUUAGUUCAGGGACAGGAAUAUGACUUCGAUGGUUAAAGGCACCGACUACUGAGACUGAGUUCAACACCUGGAUCCACAUGUUGGAAGCCUAAAACUAUCCACAGCAAGUUGUCUGUGAACUUCAAACCUGCACUGUACACAUUCACACACACACACACACACACACACACACACACAAAUAUAUAUAUAUAUUGAAAUGAAAUUAAAAAUAUUUAAAGUUC